AUGUUGCUUGAAUCAUCAUCAAAUUGGAGUCAAGGUUGGUUAUUAACAACUUUAUCAUCUAUAUUAUGUAUAUUAGGUACAUUAAUAAUAUUCUUUGAUGAUAUUUAUUAUUUCAUAUUGCCUAAAUCAUUCACAUCAAAAUAUCCAUUCCAUUUAAAGGAGAAUUAUCGAUUUAUGAAUGGUUCUUUAGGGUUUCUGUCUGGUUGUUUAAUCAUUACAUCAUUAUAUAGAUUAUUACCUGAAGCAAUGAAUUAUAUUGAACAUUCAAUUGAUAAAUCUGAAUCUGAAUCUAAUGAUAAUUCUAAAUUAAAAAAAGUACAAUUUCAUUUAAUUUUAAGUUAUAUUGCUGGUAUCAUCAUAUGUGUUUUGUUUAAUGUUAUAUUACAUUAUUUUACAAGUGAAUCAGUUGUACAUUGUAAUCAUGGUGGUGAUGUAAAUGUAAAAGAUAAUCAUCCCCAUACUCACGAAGAAGAAGAAGAAUAUGACAUUCCACAAUUGGAUUAUUUUAAUCAACAUCAUAAUCAUAUUACUGAUGAUCAAAUUGAAACUACAGAAUCUUCAAGUCCAAAAUGUAAAUGUCUGAAUGACAACACCCUACAGGAAUCUCCUACUACUACCAACAAGAAGAAAAAGAGUGUCACAAGUACCACUCCAGAACCAUUAACAACAACUGAAAUAGAAGAAAGAGCAAGAUUAGAUGAAUCAACUCCAUUAAUAAGAAAACCAUCCCUAAAAACAAAAACAUCAUUAUUACGUUACAUAAUGGCAACCUCAAGUGAUUGUUGUUCCGAUGGAGAAUGUAAAGGAUAUUCCUCAGCCGAAUUAUGUACAUUCCAUUGCAGUCAUCAAAACCACCACGAACCCGAUUGUAACCCCCUUACCCAUCAUCAUCAUCAUCAUUUACAUUAUUGUGAAAUACCUGAAUUUGACAGCUAUCAAGGCAUAAUCAAAGGUGACACCUCUUCUCAUAGUUCAAAUAGCAACAAUAAUCAUAAUGGUACCACUGCCGCUUUAAGUACCGCAAACAUGACAACCACCGUUUCAUUAUCUCGUCGCAUGACCCAUGAAACUCAUGAAGUUGACCAUCAUCAUCAUGUAAACUCCCCAUUAUCUCGAUUAUUACUCAUCGGAAUCGAAACUGUCUUAGCUAUCACCUUACAUAAAUUUCCCGAGGGGUUUGUGACAUUUAUAACUUCCGAAACUGAUCCUGAAUUAGGAUUAUCGAUUUUUUUAAGUUUGAUAUUUCAUAAUUUCACCGAAGGGUUUUCGAUGUGUUUACCAUUAUAUUAUUCAUUCUCAUCUCAGCGUCAUAAUCCGCAUUGGGCGAAGUUGAAAGCUGUCAGUAUUUCCGGAUUUCUUGGUGGCAUGUCACAGCCGAUUGGAGCAUUGAUGGGAUAUUUCUUCUUGAUGUAUAAUCAGGAUAAAUAUGGCGGGAAUAAACCGAUUGAUAUCCAGAUGUUGAAUUAUAUCUUUGGAAUCACUUUGGCUUUGACCAGUGGGUUUUUGACGGUUAUUGCGUUGAGUAUGUAUGGAUCAGCAGUUUCAUUUGGGGGGUCACUGAAUUUUGUUAUGACUUGGUGUAUUUUUGGUAUUAUUGUAAUUAGUUUAUCUUCAUUGUUGUAG